AUGCGGUACGUUACCGUUAACGACCGGCAGUCCACACACUUCUGCUCGAACAAUGUGAAGACGACCAAGUACACACUCUACAACUUCCCAAUCAAGAACCUACUGGAGCAGCUACAUGAGCCGUCGAACCUCUACUUCGUGUUUAUCGCCAUAUUACAGCUCAUCCCCAGGAUAUCUUCCACCCAUGGCAUACCCGUCAUGCUGCUGCCGCUCUCCAUUGUCAUGCUCGGAAAUGCCAUCAAAGACGCCUACGAGGACUACCGGCGCUACCUCGCUGACAACGAGGUCAACAACAGCAUCGCGCAAGUGGCCGUUCACCCGCAGCUGACUAAAAUGGAAAAGGCGAUACGUACGAUCCCCACAAAUGAGGCGCCCAGACGGUCCUUCAUCACCAAGGCCGUUGCUGACGACAAAAUAAUUUACAAAAGGUGGCACGAGGUUGAGGUGGGCGAGGUCAUUGUGGUUCAAAACGGUGACACAAUUCCCGCCGAUAUUGUACUUAUCGGUUCGUCGGAAAUCAACGGAGUCGCGUUCGUGGAGACGGGGUGCCUGGACGGAGAGAGCACGCUCAAGAAAAAGGAGGCAGUGUUGAGGGCUGCGGACCACCUCACCCGAGACCUGGAUACGGCCCUAAAGCGUUUCAAGGACAUAAAGGGCAGCAUUAAUUGCGAGCCUCCGAAUCAACACCUGAUCACGUUUGAUGGGUCGUUGACGUAUCAAAUUUCCGCUGGCGUGGAUGCGCCGCUUGAGGACGGGUCAUGUGGUAGCGACGGAGCGCCCGCCCCUUCGGCCAGAAACCGUGCCGAGACAGCCGGCUCCGAGGCGACCGAAACAUCGAUAACCCUUCUGCAGCUGCUCCUCAGAGGAUGCAAAUUGCGCAACACUGCGUGGGCAAUGGGCAUCGUUAUAUACACGGGUCAUGAGACUAAGAUUUACAAGAACAUCCCCAAAACGCCACACAAAGUGAGCAACCUGAAUCGAAUCAUGGUUAAACUCACGUUCAUCGUGUGGAUGUUCCAAAUCGCACUGUGUUCGGUGGCUGCGCUGUGGACCGUGUACAGACACAGCCACGGUCUGGAUCGUGCCCUGCCGUACCUGCAAGGAGAGGAUGAGGAUUAUGGAUUGUUCCGCGUGUUCGUGAUAUCGUUCUUCUCCUGGAUUGCCAUAUCGGCCACGUUUGUGCCCAUCAGCACCAUCGUGAGCAUGAACCUCGCUAGGAUUGCUCAGGCCUUUUUCAUCCACUAUGACACCGACAUGUAUUAUGACGAGAUCAACAUGCACGCUGCAGCCCGUACGACGUCGCUGAACGAGGACCUGGGGCAGGUGCACUACCUGUUCUCGGACAAGACCGGAACUCUAACGUGCAACAAGAUGGUCUUCCGAAAGUUCUCCGUUGCCGGGAGGUCCUACGGCAAGGGCUACACCGACAUUCGAAGGUUCGUUCUCAGCAGGCAGGGCGCGAUAUUGGAGCCGGAGCCCGAGAACCCGCUGUACGACAAGGAGUCCCACGUGAACCUGGUGGACGACGACCUCUUUAAGCACCUCAAGAACCCCAGUGACCCAAGACACACUCACUUGGUGGAGUUAUUCAUGCACAUGAUCUGCAACAACGGCGUGCUCACGGAUGCGACGGCAUCGGGAGAGGUGACGUACAAUUCACAAAGUCCUGAUGAGCUGUGUUUCGUACAUGCUGCGCGUUUUGCUGAGUUCAAGCUCGUCGACAAAACCAGCAACUCGAUCACCAUGACGGUGUUUGGCCGGAAGAUGAAAGUGCGUACGCUAGCGAUGAUAGAAUUCGAUUACUUCCGCCGAUGCAGCUCUGCCAUCAUUGCGUUCCCGAAGGACCCCACGACCAACCUGGAGGACAAGGACCUCAACAAGUUCAGGAUCGUGCUGUUCUGCAAAGGAGGCGACAACGUCAUUAUGGGCAAACUGAAAUGCAAAAGCGAGGUUGACAACGUGACUGCGUCCUACUGCGACCAGUUCUCCCGUGACGGACUACGCACGCUGGUGUUCGCGAAGAGAGAGCUCACCACAGCCGAGUUCAUGGAAUGGAACGAAAAGUACAUUGAAGCGCAGGCCGACAUUCUAAACCGGGAGAAGUCGGUGUCGAUGUGCGCCUCGCUCAUCGAGCAGGACCUCGUGCUCCAAGGCGUCACAGGCAUUGAGGAUAAGCUGCAGGACGGCGUCGGGGAAACCAUCGAACUCUUGGGUGCCGCUGGGAUCAAGGUCUGGAUGCUCACGGGAGACAACCUGGAGACCGCUAUCAACAUCGGCAUCGCCACCAACCUGCUCAGGGUCUUCUCGCAGCGCAUAGAUUUGCACUCGGCUGCGUGCGCGACGGAUGAACUGCACGCUAAGGUCCGCGAGUGGCUCGCCAGGGUGAAAGAGGAUCCAGGGAGCGUCUCCCACAGGUGCGUCGUGAUCGACGGCAUAGCGACCGCGGAGCUCACCAAGGACGAAAUCGUGGAGGAGUUUGUCGAACUGUGCACGUAUUGCCACUCCGCCAUUUGCUGCCGUAUGACCCCAGCGCACAAGGGUCUCUUCGUCGGUCUGUUCAAGCGGAAGCUAGGUACCGUGAUGAUGGCCAUCGGUGAUGGCGGCAACGACUGCAACAUGAUCCAGACGGCCGAUGUCGGCAUCGGCCUCAAGGGCAAGGAGGGCAUGCAGGCGUUCAACGUGUCCGACUACGGCAUCGGGCAGUUCCGGUUCCUGACGCCCCUGAUUCUCAACCACGGCCGCAACUGCUACCGUCGCCUGGCCAAAAGCGUGGCUUACAUGUUUUACAAAAACAUCACGCUCAUCAUGCCCAUCUUCUUCUACGGCUACACCUCGCUGUUCAGUGCCCAGCGUAUUCUGCUCGAGGUUUUGGUUGCGCUCUACAACGUCUGCUUCACUGGCAUCAACGUCAUCCUGGUGGGGUCCAUUGACCGCGACAUCGACAAGACGCUGAGCUACAGGUAUCCGCACCUAUACCAACUCGGGCAGAAGAACUACUACCUGAACGCGAAGGUGUUCCUCGGGUGGCUUUUCAACAGCUUCUUCCACGCGCUGAUCAUUUUCUUGAUGAUGAACUUCGGCCUCAACGACCGCUACACCAUCCCCAGCAGCGAUGGGCUGCCGCUCACCAGCCCGCAGCUGGGUAUCGGCAUGCUGCUCAUUGUGAUGAUCGUGGUGAGCUGCAAGCUCAUCAUGGAAACGUGGUACUACACUCGUCUAACUACCGCGACGUACCUUUUCAGCUUCUUCAACUUCUUCCUUUCCAUCUACGUCAUAUCGCUGUCCAGCAAGCUCGGGAGCGGACUGCUCGGUGGUGCCAUGAACCUGCUUUCGAACGGGCGUUUUUGGAUAGUGUUGGUGGCCUCCACCGCGGCGUCGCUCUAUCGCGACUAUCUGAUGAAGGUGGUGCACUACUCGUUCUUGCCCCACUACUACCAGUACGUCCAGCGCAAGGAGUACCUCGCCAACAAGCUGGACUCUUUCCGUGAUGGAUAA